UGCAGUCCGGAGUGGUACCUGUCUGGAGGCGGUUUCCCUGGUGAUCAUGGGGGGCAGUGAGAGCACCAGCAGGAAGGUGUCCUUCGGGGUGGAUGAGGAGGACAGGGUGCGGGUGCUGCGAGGAGUCAGGCUAUCUGACAGUAUUGUCAGCCAGAUGAAAGAGUCUUCAGUUUCUUCAAAGGACCAGCACUCAUCACAGUCCUCAGGGUCUCCGAUUUCUUCUCAUACGUCCCCUUCUUUGGGAGGGCCUGCCAAGAGCACCCUAGAACCAGAAAGCAAAGCAGAAGAUUUUCACAAACCCAGUGCUGGAGGUGAUGGUCACAAACUUGCAGAUACCGAUGAUGAUCUGUACAGGAGGUAUGAGACCGAACAAGCAAUUAUCCAGGAAGAACUUGCACGUCUCGCCAAGAGGGAGAGGGACACGGCACAGGAAAGAUUAUCGUCCUCCAUCCAACGGGAGAAGAUGUACACCAGCCAGGAGCGCAAACGAGCUGAACAGUUGCCUACGGAUUUGGAUGAAUGGGCUAAGGAACUAGAGCGCAAGGAUGCAGAACUCCAACAACAGGACAGUUUCUACAAGGAGCAGUUGGCCAGCAUCGAAAAGAAGAAUUUGGAAAUUUACCGAAUGACUGCAGAACAGUUCCACACAGCCGCUACCAACGCAGAGUUCCGUGUAAAACAGAGGAGUUACGAUCCGGUGUGCAUGGACAUCCAAUCUAAUAUUCUUCAGUGUUACAAGGAACAUCAACAGGAACUGCUCAACUGCAGCAAUCUUGCUAAGGAGUACCAGAACUGUGUGAGGAAAGCACAGAAGAAUCUACUGUUUAAUCAUGGUUAAUUUGUAGAAUUCCAGAACAAGAUAAGAAUAGAAGAACUCAACAUGCAUAUAUUGUUUUUUUAACUGUUGAAUUACUUUUCGAUAAUGAAGGAGAAAAGAACAUUUAUUUAGGCUUGUUCUGUUUGUAUCUUCCAGGAUCCCUUAAUAAAUUCAGAAGUAGGUUACCGACUGCAUCCUCUAAAUUGUUUACCGUAAGGCUGAUGAAAAAUGUUUUCUGGAGUAAAGGGAAGCCCAAAUGGGUGUUAAAAGAAAGAUAAUGUUUGAAAAUGCUAAACUUUUGUUUUUGUUUUAAUACUGAA